AAAAUUUCGACCACUCACCUGACCCGACCCGCCAAUCUUGAUCGACAAUAUACAUACCCAUAUGUUAAUCAGCAAAUCGUAUCCACUCUAAACCCAAGGCUUUGUACAGAGGAGAGCUCAUCGCUCCAGGACGAUCAUCAAACAGGACAAUGGCAAGCCUUUACAGAGUUGCAUCUAGGAAAGAGAAACCUAGAGGACGUCAUCAUGGGUUAACUCAACAGAAGAGGCAAGAGAUAAAGGAAGCAUUUGAGCUUUUUGACACUGAUGGCUCUGGCACUAUUGAUGCCAAAGAGCUGAACGUUGCAAUGAGGGCACUGGGCUUUGAAAUGACUGGAGAGCAAAUCGAUCAAAUGAUUGCUGAUGUAGACAAGGAUGGCAGUGGUGCAAUUGACUUUGAUGAAUUUGUGCACAUGAUGACAGCCAAGAUUGGAGAAAGGGACAGUAAGGAAGAGCUUACAAAAGCGUUCCACAUCAUUGACCAAGAUAAAAAUGGAAAGAAUAUCUGCCUCAGACAUUCACAAAUUGCAAAGGAGCUCGGCGAGAACUUCUCUGACAAAGAGAUUCAAGAGAUGAUCGAGGAAGCAGAUCGUGAUCGGGAUGGAGAAGUAACUGUGGAUGACUUCAUGAGAAUGAUGAGGAGAACUUCCUAUGGAUAUUAGAAUUGAACUAGAUGUCUGUACAAUGUUGUGUGAUAACGGUUUAUUUUACUAUGGUUCAUGAUUAAGAGCUAUGAUGCUGGAUUUGAAACAUUGAGGAAUGAUGUAUGUUUUUAUUUUGAUUACAUUGGAAUGUUUUCAGCUCUUUCA